AAUUCACCGCCGAAAAACUUGCGUGAAUAACACUAUUCCCCACCAUUUACGAUAUGCCAGGUGAAAAAAUGUGGCAUUGUUCACGAUCAUUUACGAUAUGACAAGUGAAAAAACCGAGAUAGUAAAACUGUGCUAUUCCUUCCUUUUAAGUCCCUCUGAACUGACCUAUAACAUCAAAAGAAUAUAUUGAGCGUCAGUGAUUCAGAAUGGGCAGUAAGUCAGCAUACUAGCUUUUGGAAGUGUUGAAUGAGUGGGAAAAUUACUAUUUCAUCCCUCAGAUUUUUACUUGUAAAGAACAGUUAUUAAGGCAAACACUUCCCGGGGCAUGAAUGGAACAAGAAUGUGAGCAAACCAAAGACUGUCAUAGAGUCAUCAUUUUGCAUAGACUGCAGGGGACAAUAUAUUGUAUAAAUAUAUGCAACCCAUUUGGUUAAUAUCUCAUUUCUGGAACCAAAAGAAAUUGCAGGAAAAUAUGGUUAAACUAGUUGUGUUUUCAGUCUUCUUGAUGGGUUUUUUGCGUUUGCAUGCUGCUUCUUCUACCAGCUUCAAGCCCGAAACUAGUCUGCAGGCCAAGAGGAGCUGCCCUUAUACAGUGAUCAUAAAAACCAGCUGCUCUUCAACCACUUUCACCAGAGACCAAAUCAGCCUCGCCUAUGGUGAUGCUUUUGGCAAUGAGGUGUAUGCAAAGAGGCUUGACAAUCCAGCUUCAAGGACGUUUGAGAGGUGCUCCUCCGACAAGUUGGAGAUAAACGGGCCAUGUACGCGUACCAUCUGUUAUCUGAACCUUCUGAGGAAUGGAUCCGACGGUUGGAAACCCGAGUUCGUCAAGAUCUACGGUCCACAUGCAAACACUGUUUCGUUUAACUUUAACACUUUCCUGCCCAACCGAGUGUGGUUUGGACACAAUCUAUGCCAUGGUGUCUCUGCCCCUUGAAAUAUUUUGUCAUCAAAUCAAACAUCUAUGCAUGUCUCUGCCCCUUGAUCUGCUUUAUAAUUUAUGAAAUUAAAGUUUGAUGUU